CAGCUCUGAACCACCAAAACUUUCGAAUGAAUGAGAUUAUUUGAAUUGUAGCCACUAGAGGGACACACACACGCGCGCGCGCACACGCACAAACACGCACACACACAUACACUGGAAACACUAUCCAACACUUAGAGGAGCGAGCAUGUGUGCAAGCUCAGUGAGUUACCUGUGACUUCAGCUCAGCACAAUAGGAGGAAACUCUUGCAGGAUUGAAACAUGGGCUGUUCUGCUCUCAUGUGAGGAUCACUCUCACUCAUACAGGACUGAAGGAUCUCACAGCACAUCCAUGGGGAUCCGCGAUGCUCUGGACAGCACAAGCAGAACAUCUCAUCCAACUUCAGCACAAACACAUCCUCACAUAUGACAGCUCGGCGUGUCUGGACCUGUUCUGCGUUCACACGUGUUUUCUCAACAUUGUUUUGCGAGUUAUACAGAAGAUUAAUCGUGCAUGAAGAUCGUUAUCGAUUACUGAUUGAUUAUCAAUGAAUCAACCCCUAAGCGCGCAGAAGAUUCACUUUUGCCUCCAGGCGCGGUAAAUGCGUCUCGUGUAUAAAGCUAUAAAGAGGAAAGACCUCCAUGGGUUUGUGUGUCUGGAACGUUCGUGUUUGACAAACGACUGAAGAGGAAAAUACCCAAAACAACAAGUGGAGGGACUUUGGCGACCGGGCGCAUUGCUUUUGGGACUUCUUAUCUACCCAUCAUCACUGUUUUUGGAUAAAAUGAAAGUUUGGACUUUUCUCCAGUGUCUGGCCAUUCUGCUCAUCCUGUGCGUGGGAUCAGACUGCGGGACGGUCCUAAGAAAGACCCGCUCCAAGCGCGAGGUGGUGAAGAUGAGAGAAGCCAAAGCGGUCUUCCCGGGGGCUUGUGCCACCCGACUGCCCCGGGGCAAGCGCUCCCUCCCCGCGCUGGAUCGCCGGCUCCCGCGCCAGCGCCGCCGCUCCUCUCCAGCGGAGGACGCGAGUUCCUCUCGGGGAAAAGCCGUGUAUUUCACGGGCAGAGGGGAUCAGCUGAGACUCAAACCCGGCGUGGAGAUACCGAGGGGAAAUUUUACUCUCCAGAUGUGGGUCAAGCCGGAGGGUGGUCAGCGCUCCCCUACAGUAAUAGCCGGUCUCUUCGACAAAUGCUUCUACGCCUCCAGUGAUCGCGGAUGGCUGUUGGGAAUUCAAGCCAUAAGCGAACAGGGAAACCGCGACCCGCGUUUCUUCUUCUCGCUAAAGACGGAUCGAGCACACAAAGUGACCUCCAUUCACUCGAAUGCUCGCUACGCACCCGGCCAGUGGGCUCAUGUAGCCGUGACUUACAAUGGCCUCUAUAUGAAGCUUUAUGUCAAUGGUGCUCAGACAGCUGUUAGCAGAGAACAGUCAGGUGAUGUCUUCAGCCCUUUAACUAAAAAGUGUAAGGUGCUGAUGGUGGGUGGAAAUGCCUUAAAUCAUAACUACAGAGGUUCGGUGGAGCGAGUGGGUCUGUGGCAACAGGCCAUGUCUCAGCGACAGAUCAUGAGGGACAUGCACGGACAAGAAGAUCCCGAGGAUCUGGUGGACCUGGUGAUCCGCGAGACCUUCGAGCACCCAGCACGCAAAUGGCUACCGGUAAAGGACGGCAGUUUCCCGGUACCGGACGAGGGUCCUCGCGCCGGUCUGGGGUCUUUGGACGGCACCUUGGAGCCUCCAAACUGCGGGCAGACGGUGUGCGAUAACACGGAAGUGGUACGCAACUACAACCACUUCUGGAGCUUCCGGCGACCCAAAACUGUGCGUUACCGCGUUGUAAACUUGUUCGACGACCUUCGCCGCAAACCCACGGUCACAGACCAGCAGAUUCAUCUGCAACAUCAGCAUCUGAACGAGGCCUUCAGCAUGUACAACAUCACUUGGGAGCUGACCGUACACAACGUGAGCAACUCUUCUCUGUUUAACCGUCUAGUGCUUGCCAACUGUGACAUCAGCAAGGUGGGCGAUGAAGAUUGUGACCCCGAAUGUAACCACACGCUGACUGGCUUUGAUGCCGGUUAUUGCAAGCCUAGGACCCGAUGCCCCGAGCAUAAACAAGGCAAUGGCGUCUGCGACCCAGAAUGCAACAACGAGAACUACAGUUACGAUAAAGGCGAUUGCUGCGACCCCAGCGUCACCGACGUGACCAAGACGUGCUUCAAUCCAGCUUCUCAUUUAAGGGCCUAUCUGGACGUGAAAGAGCUUAAAGAGAUCCUCAAUGUGGACGGCUCCACACACCUCAACAUCUUCUUCGCCAAUUCCUCAGAUGAAGACCUGGCCGGAGUCGCCACCUGGCCGUGGGACAAAGAGGCGCUGACGCAUCUAGGUGGCAUUGUGCUGAAUCCAUCUUUCUACGGUACGUUUGGCCACACGCAUACCAUGAUUCAUGAGAUCGGUCACAGUCUGGGCCUGUACCACGUCUUCCGGGGAAUCUCUGAGAUUGAAUCCUGCAACGAUGCCUGUUUGGAGACUGAACCUUCGCUGGAAACCGGUGAUCUUUGCGCCGACACCAACCCCACACCCAAAUACAAGCACUGUCGGGACCCCGAGCCCGGGAACGAGACGUGUGGCAAUCGCAACUUUGUUCACACUCCGUUUAAUAAUUACAUGAGUUAUGCAGAUGACGACUGCACCGAUUCCUUCACGCUCAACCAGGUGGCUCGUAUGCACUGUUACCUGGAUCUCAUCUACCAGACCUGGCAACCCGGCCACAGGCCUCCUCCGGUCCCUUUGGCUCCCCAAGUGGUGGCACAGGAUCAAGAGUCCAUUACUCUGGAGUGGUUUCCUCCGAUCUCCGGCCACUUCUAUGACAGAGAAGUGGGAUCAGUAUGUGAUAAAUGUGCCGAGGGUGCUGUCCUCGUACAGUAUGCCUCCAAUUCCUCGUCCCCACGCCCCUGCUCCCCAUCCGGACACUGGAGCCCAAGAGAAGCGGAAGGACCCCCAGAUGUGGAGCAGGCGUGCGAGCCCAGCGUCCGCACGUGGAGUCCGCAUAACAGCAUGGUUUUGGGCCUGGUGCCUCCUCCGUGUCCCCAGCAAGGCUGCAUGUUGCAGCUGGAGUUCGCCCAUCCGGUGGUCCCCGACUCCCUCACUGUGUGGGUGACCUUCUCGUCCCCGGAGGAGACGGUUCUGCCCGCCAUCCAUAACAUCAUCCUGUUGACUGUGAGCGGUAACAACCUGUCACUGGGUCCCAGCAACGUGUUCUGUGACACACCGCUGACCAUCAAACUGGACGUGCAUGAGAAGGUGUACGGCGUGCAGUUCUUCACCAUGGAGCAGCAUUUAGAAAUCGAUGCCACUCUGCUGACGUCCAGACCCGACUGCGUGCUGUGUCGCCAAUGUGAGCCGCUUCGGCACCGUCUCCUGCGGCAGCCGCCUUUUUCACAAGCGCCCCAGGGCGUCGCCUUGAGCGACUCUACGCGAAGAUAUGUGGACAGGGACGUACAACUCAAUGGCGUGUACACCUACCAGGUCCAAAUCAUCUCCAGUCGUAGUGAAAGCGAGCCGUCUCCUCCAUUCACACACCAUCUGGGAGCACCGUACUGUGGUGAUGGACUCAUCCAGAGGUUCCAAGGAGAGGAAUGCGAUGAUAUGAACUCGAUUAACGGUGACGGCUGCUCCAGUCACUGUAAGAAGGAGCCGUUCUUUAAUUGUUACGACGAGCCCAGCAUGUGCUACUAUUACGACGGCGAUGGCGUGUGUGAAGACUUUGAGAGGGAGACGAGUGUUAAGGAUUGUGGCCUGUACACACCCAACGGUUUCGUGGAUCAGUGGGCCAACAGGGUGGAGGUGUCACAUGAGGAAAAGCUCUACUGUCCAGCGGAUGUGGCUGCAGGAUACCCUACUGUUACUAAGACGUGCCAGUCCAAAGUAUUUGAUUUGUCUGAUGGGGUUUCUCAGUACGCCUGGUUUCCAUGUCGUGAGGCGCAGGGCUUGUCUUGGUAUACUCAAUAUUGGCUGAAGGCUCAUUUCUUUCCUAUGGUCGCUGCGGCUGUCAUCAUCCAUUUAGCUGCAGACGGCACCAGCUACAUCGAUCAAACCCAAUGCAACGUUACAGUUCAGCUGAUUGACACUAAAGGGGACGUUCACAGUUUAGGUGACUGGCGUCUGAGCUGUCGAUCCAAUCCACUGGUGAUUCCGGUGUAUCACGACUUGAGCGUCGCUUUCUACCACACCCAAGCCAUCCUCCUUAUGUUUCGCUCUGACCUGGUGGCCAUCUCCGGCGUCGGCCUGCGCACCUUCCAGUUCUUCGACCCCAUAACCAUCAGCGGCUGCCAGAGCAAUGAGAUCUACAACCCCAUGGGCCAGAGCUGUGUAAAUUAUUCCUGUAAAGCCAUUGAUUGCAAGAAGCCAUCGAUCCGGAAUGCCGAUGUGAAUUGCGGCGAUGACGGAAAAGUGAUGGUGGACAACGGAGCUCGCUGCACUGUCACAUGUCACAGCGGUUACGACCUGAAGAUCCACGGGGAUAAUAACAUCAAGAGCCAGACGGACUCGAGCGUGAUCAUAACCUGUGCUGUUAGGAAUUGGAACAAGCAGGUAUCGUGCGAGCCGGUGGACUGCGGCCUGCCAGAUAAAUACCACGUGCACCCUGCCCACUUUAACUUCACAGAAGGCACCACGUACGGCAAGAAGAGCACGUUUCAAUGCAGGGAACCCGCUCAGCUCGUGGGCACUAAUAAUACUCUGACCUGUAUGGAGGACGGUCUGUGGUCAUUUCCGGAGGCUUUAUGUGAACUGCGCUGUCCGGCACCGCCUCCCGUACCCAACGCCAUGCUUCAGACCAAGCGCUGCAAUGAUACGGGUCUUAAAGUGGGAACCCUCUGCAAAUACAAAUGUAAACCUGGAUACCAUGUGGCCAAAAAGCCAAAAAGGAGAGCCUUUAAGCGUCAGUGUACAGAAGACGGGCGCUGGUUGGAAGGCGCAUGUGAACCUGUGACGUGUCCGCCUCCCCCAUCCGUCUUUCAUGGUAUGUAUCAGUGCACAGACGGCUUCAAGUUCGACAGCACCUGCUGGAUCCACUGCAAUGGGACGAACCACUCGCCGAGACAACAUCCGCCUUGCAAACAGGGGGUCAACACCAACGUCAUCCGCUGUAGGAAGGAUGGAAACUGGACCGGAAGCUUCCGCUUAUGCCCACAGCUAAAGGGUCAAUGUUCUCUACCUCAGAACCUGCAUCCCAGUAUCCGGAUAAGCUGCAGGAAGGGAUACGGCAUAGGUGAAGAGUGCGAGUUAUCAUGUAGAGACAGCAGCAAUGAUGUGAUCAUUUUGCCGAAUAACAUGACGACCAGCAGCGUUUUCAGACAUCACUGGAUGAAUCCUCCUAAAGUCAAGCACAUCGUGUGUACUAUGGGUCUUAAGUGGUACCCUCAUCCAGAAGUCCUUCACUGCAUCAAAGGCUGUGAGAGGCCUAAGAAGAUUAAUGAAGAUUAUGAAGAUGUAGAAGAGCUCUACGCUAAACCGUUCAUGGGUGAUAAUUACUGUGAUGCCAUCAACAACCGAGCUUACUGCAACUAUGAUGGAGGAGACUGCUGCCAUUCCACUGUCAAGACUAAGAAGGUCAUCCCCUUUCCCACGUCCUGCGAUAUCCGAAAAGAAUGUGCAUGUCGGGAUCCCGACGCCUUGGAGAACCGAAAGGAAGAUCACCUGCACUCGUUGGGUUGAGACAUCAACGAGCCGAGACCGAGACACAGAUAUGCUGCUGCUUCACAGGUGUACCUCUUACGUCAUAGCUCUUCACUCUUUCCUCACCCUGCUUCUCCUACGUAUGAAAAAAGACCCUCGAAAGGAUCAAAGUGGGUGUCAUCUCUCAUCGACCCUUCCAGAAAACACAAAAGAAAAGCACGCACACAGACAUGCUCCAUGUGAACGCUCCAUGUAAACGCUCCACGUGAACGCUCCACGUGAACGCUCCACUUGAACGCUCCAGAACCGAAUAAUGCAGUUUCUCUUUUGUUUGCAUUAAGACCAAAGUCAAAAAAAUGAAGAAAAAUCUCAAAAUUUACCAAACAUACAUGACUUCAGAGAGCAACAUAAUUGCCAAAAGAAACACCCGCUCCACUCAGUUAAUUUUGAGUUUGUUUAUUCCGACGCGACCUUACUCGAUGAGACGGUAAGUGCUCGUCCGGCCUUCUUGAAGGUCCUGGAACACAGACGAUGGACAGUACGAUCGGGUGUAGGACUGAUCAAAGUUUAUGUGCACAUUGCAGGAGUUCGAUGUCAAACGUGUGCCAUUAACCUGAAUGUGUUGCUAUUCAGGCAGGUGGCUAUAAACAUGCUAACUGUUAGCCGUCCAACCGUCUCAUUACACAGCCCGAAGUGUUUGACUGAUCAGGAAAUCUCUAAAACUGGCAAACGGGCAAAAAAGCUUUGAGAAACGAGAGGAAAAGCCAAAAAACAACGUUCAUACAGUGGAUACGAUGUGGUUGUGUUGACACGGCCGCUGUCAUCGCUGCUAAGAUCGCUGCUAUAGAUCGAAACAACAGACAGCAUCGAGUGUGUCGUCCGUCUGCCUUAACAUUUACCUCUGAUCUGUCGUAACCUCCCAUCUGCACACAGUGCAGAAGAUAUAUAUGUAGUGUAUCAUCAUGCUAAAGAUUGUAUGUUAAAUAGUCACUGAAUGUAAAAAAGAAACAUUGGUGUAAACGUUUUCUAUUCAUUGCGAUUAUUUACUGAUCCUCAGAUUAAGAACUCUUUCUAUACAUUGACAGUUUAUAGCGAGCAUGGCUAUUGUGCUAUAUAUUGAAUGCCACAGUCAUAAUGCAACCCAGACAAUGUGUGACUCCGGGCCGGAUCUGCAACAGAAGUCAGCGGAUCCGACGCGGCUCCAGCCCGGAGUCGUCUGCUGUCUGGUUGUAUAGAAACCAGAUCUUGUACAUAAUGUGUUGCGCAGAAGAAAACAAUAAAAUCGUAAAAUGGCACGAGGAUGAGUAAAUAAUCACAAGAUGUCUAUCAGUAAAUUGGGAUGAAUGAAAUGAUGAAGAGCGAUGCAGGCGUCAUAGACCAGAUGAAUGAGAUUUUAUUCACACAGUCUGGUGAAGAGGUUAAAUCAGGACAGUGUAUUGUAAAACCAUCAAUCUGACAUCAAAGAGAAUUUAAUUGUCUUUGUGAAUUUAUUGCCAGUCGAAACACUUUUUCUGAAGAGUAUAUUACCGUACACGUGCCAACUUUUAAACCACCUUUAGUGUUUCUGGCCCCUAAACUUAAAAUGCUACGGGCACAAUCGAGUCUCAAAGCUGCCAAGAACUCGCGUUCAAGAAAAUAACACACAGCUUCCCCAUCUCAUCAGAAAGACUUUAUAUACGUCGUCAUCAAACACUAUUUGGCUACCGACUGUGAAGAUUUGUCUCUUCCCCAAAGUCUUAAACCGACAUCCGUACAGAUCUUGGCAUUACUUGUCACACGGUUUUACCUCCCAUAACUUUGAGGCUCUUGAAAACAAACAAUGCCAUGGGUUCAUGUGCGAGAGAGGCAUUGUGUUGUGUAACAUCUGCUGAGGAGUGAUGCCAAAACCUCACGUUGUACCGAACAACUGAACAUUUCUCAUCGAGCCGCUACGCUUACUCUCGCUGUUAUUGGGCCGACGCUGAAGAAAAUGUUAAAUUGGCCCGAAAACAGGGUUUCGUGGUGGUUUAUUGGUAUGGAAAUAUGCCGAGGCAUUAAGGAUUGUUUGCCUAACGUUUUAAUAGGCUUCACUUUGUGCAAUUGUAGAUGUAUGAUAGUUCAAAUAUAAUUACUUUAUAAAGAAGAAAAAUAAAAAAGGUCAGACAUCUAUAUCACGCUUGAAAAUAUUCAGAAAUCUCGUUAUAUGUGCCGAAGCAUAAAGGCUGAAGUAGAUACAGUAGUUACUUUUUAUUGUGCUUAUUGCAUUUUCUGUCAUUUAUAUUUCUAAAAAAAAAGAAAGACAAAAAAUAACAACAACAUCUUAUGUAUCAGUGUUUGUGUUAUUCACCUCAGUUGUGCACUUUUGAGAGGCCAAUUUAAAGGAAUACUUCACCCAAAUAACCAUAUUUUUGCAUAAUUUUUUAUCAUUGCAGAUAAAUAUGACUUAUCAUUUCUUCAUUUGAAUAAUUUUAUAUUAAAAUGCUGUCAUAUGGGGGUCAACAUGGUGAAGCUCCAAAAAGCACACACAUCUAUCAUGAAAGUAAUUCAAUCUGAUCUCACAAGAAUUUGUACGUAUUUUACGAGUUGGCUAAUUCGUACAAAGUGAAUCAUAUACAAAAAUGUGAGAUUAUCAUAAAAAAUAACGAAAAUAACAUCUCAGAGGCAAGGAAAUCGUACAAAAAUUUACAAAUGCACUGCAAAAAAUGAUUUUCAAGAAAAAAGAUUCUUAAAUUAAGAUGCUUUUUCUUGAUGAGCAAAAUGACCCAAGAAAAUAGGUCUAGUUUUGGACCAAAAAUACUACAUUUAAGUGAUUUUGCGGAUAAAACAAGCAAAAAAA